ACAUACAGUAUACGCGUGUGUGAGAGUGUGUGCAUGCCACAUGCGUGUGCAACACCUCUCCCUCUGCUACUACAGCAGGAUUUAUUCGAUCCAACACUCCAUGAACAACGAGUGAUGCUUGCUUUCUGUGCAUCUCCGGUAUUCCGAAUAGGCUAAAUGACAUGCAUGUGGAGAAAGAUGAAGAAGCUGAGGAAGCAGACGGUGCGGACCCUCUCCCUGAUCCUCUGCAUGUUCUCCUACCUGCUCGUGGGCGCCGCCGUGUUCGAUGCGCUCGAGUCGGAGUCAGAGAGCGCGAGACGGCGCGUGUGCGAUCAGCGGCGCGCGGAGCUCAAGGCGCGUUACCGCUUUACGGACGAUGAUUACCGCGAGCUGGAGCGCGUGGUGCUGCGCGCGGAGCCGCACAGAGCCGGGACGCAGUGGAAAUUCGCCGGAUCCUUUUACUUCGCCAUCACAGUCAUCACUACGAUAGGUUAUGGCCAUGCAGCUCCAGGUACGGACGCUGGGAAAAUCUUCUGCAUGUUUUACGCUGUUCUCGGGAUCCCUCUCACUCUGGUCAUGUUCCAAAGCUUGGGUGAAAGAAUGAACACUUUUGUGCGCUUCCUGCUCCAUCGCGGGAAAAAGUGCCUCGGUUUCCGGCGUACAAGCAUAUCCAUGGAGAACAUGGUCCUCGUGGGCUUCCUGUCCUGUCUGGGCACUCUGGGUUUGGGUGCUGCUGCUUUCUCGCACUUUGAAGGCUGGACGUUUUUUCACGCCUACUACUACUGCUUCAUCACGCUCACUACCAUCGGCUUCGGUGAUUUUGUCGCUCUGCAGAAGAAAGGUGAUCUCCAGGAACGGACACCGUACGUCAUCUUUAGCUUCAUGUACAUUCUCGUGGGCUUGACAGUCAUUGGAGCCUUUCUCAAUCUGGUGGUGCUGCGUUUCCUCACCAUGAACACAGAAGAAGAGAGGGAACGAGCCUCACUGAGAAGGAAAGAACGCAACUUAGGCUCCCUCGCUGACCAGAACAGCCAUAGCACGCUUUUUUUGCCAAUGGAAGAGGGGACGAGUUGCACAAACCUCAUCCCGUCUCCUGCGAAUGAAUGCUACCGCCGUCCAGUUCUUCCUCGUCCUCCGAGUCCGGUUCAUCAACGGUCGCGUCUCAAUUCUCUCUGCUCUUGCUGUUAUCGCUUUGAUUUGUGCCCUAGCCUCAUUCCAUCUCGACCCGGCUGUAACAUUGAUUCGGUUUACUACAGCUCCAUUUCUUAUCGGAUCCACAGAGGUUCAUACACCAGGGAAAACACAGGAUUUUCUUCGCCGGGAAGCACACUGUCUCCUGGGCACAGUUUCAGAGAACUACCCCGAUUACGGCGGAAGUCCGUCUGAUGGUUCACAUCGUUUAAAGACUUAAUUUGCAGAUUUCACAGACAAAUUAUUUUUGUAGCAAACACAAAAAACAAGAUCUUUCGCAUGGUGUAAGAUAAUCUGCAUGUGUGAAUAUUGGAAAAUGGAGACGUCAACAAAACAAACCAAUACGAUUUUUAUAAAGAAAAGAGACAAGACAGUAUGAAAAUGCAACAUGCUAGUUUUCAGUCACUCUCAGUGUUUCCUCAUAACUUUGCAUAAUUAGGGGAAAUAAUUAAAUGCCGUUUUACAGAAACCAUACAUUUCUUACAGUUGAAUGAUUGUGGAUUUUUACAUUUUCUGGCAAGGCUAAUCAGUCCUUUCCCAGCAUAAUAAAAGCUAUAGGAGUAUAUCGACAUUAGAAUCUGAAAAAAAAAGGUCACAGGAGCUCUGGUACGAAGCUUCAGAACAAAGAAAGGACACGUUCACUAAGACGAGCGUGUGUAUGGUACACAGCACUUCGGCAUAGGAAUUUAAUCCCUUUUGGAGCCGGGUUCUUAAGAUGAAAUUUCAUAUUACGAAACAAAUAUAAUACCAAUAUUACCAGUUUCCAACAUUGUAAUUAUUAUAAUUAUAUUGCAUAUAAAACAAUUAAAACAUUUAGAAAAGACAUAAAAAUAAAAUAAUUAAGGAAUAAAUAACCUAACUUAACAUUACU